GGCCAGUUUGCUAAGUUUAAGAAGUACGUGGGUCACAGCUCCAACGUGACGAACGUGCGCUGGUCCAACGACGACUCGCUGCUGCUGUCGGUGGGGGGGGGCGACACGGCGCUGAUGAUCUGGACCCGAGAGCCAGGAGGAGGCCACAAGGAGAGCAGAGAGAGCCGAGCUGUGGACAGCGAGGAGUCCGACGACGAUCCGGAGGAGGACGGGGGCUACGACAGCGACGUGGCGCGGGAGAAAGCGGUGGAUUACAUCACUAAGAUCUACUCUGCGAGCAUCAGGAACAUGACGGGAACCAGACCUCACCUUCAGCACCGAGAAGUGCCUGUGGAGGAGAGGCCUCCAGUGAGUCGUGCUGCUCCGCUGCCUGAGAAGCUUCUGAAGAACAACGUGAGCAAGAAGAAGAAGCUGGUGGAG